AUGGAAACACACUCAUCUCAAGAUGAGUCGAUACCUGACAUGGCUACGAAGCCGCCAACUUCCCAGAUACUUUCACAUAGUCUCUCGGCCUCAGAUCCAGACAAUCCAAUGAACUGGCCGCUUCACCGUCGUACAUAUGCUUCUGCAGUAUCAUGGGCAUUCGCGUUUGCAGUCGCCUUUGGCCUCACUGCCUACACCGCCGGUAUCAAUGAUGUCGUGGCAGAGUUCAAUGUAUCGACAAAGGUCGCUAUUCUGGGCUUCUCGCUUUACCUCUGGGGUAUCGCCUUCGCGCCGAUCUACACGCCUCAUGUCGCCGAGAGAUACGGUCGCUCAGUCGUCUACUUUGCAAGUCUGUUCGUACACAUGCUAUUUAUCCUUGGAGCGGGGUGGUCUCGGAGCUUUGCGAGUCUGGCAGUGUGCCGUUUCUUCGCUGGGCUCUCUGGUGGUCCUUGUCUCGUGCUCAUUGAGGGGACGUUUGCCGACGUUUGGUCAGCGGGCACGACGAAUACGUACUAUGCGGUUCUGGGUCUGGCUUCCUACGUUGGAGCGGCUUGCGGACCUCUAAUUGGCGGCUUUGUCGUGGGCGCGACCGGCUGGCGGUGGACCCAAUGGGUCUCCUUAAUGGUCUCGUUGGCAGCUUUCCUCCUCGGCAUAGGUGUCCCUGAAACGUAUCAGAGAGAGAUCCCCAGACGAAGAGCUAAGCGGCUCGGUCGCGCUUAUGCGGAAACACCUGCGCAAAGCGGCGUUACGAUCUCGCAAAUGGCUCGCAUCACCGUCUUGUCGCCGCUCAAGAUGCUUGUUACCGAGCCCGUCGUCAUCAUGUGCAGUCUCUAUCUAGGUUUCAACUUCGCAAUCAUCUUCCAAUGGUUCAUCACGGUGCCAGCCGUGCUGAACUUGGUCUACGGCUUUACAAUCCAGCAAGCCGGUCUCGCAUUCAUCGGCGCAAUUGUCGGUUCCUUGUGCGCAGCCGCGAUGUCCGUUGUCAUCGAGCAGAUCCUCUACCGCCUCCAUGUUAGGAACAAGCUGCACAUCAACUCCAUGGACAUCGAAUACCGUCUGAUCCCGGCUAUGAUCGGUGGCUUCGGCAUCACCGCCUCGCUGUUCUGGAUUGGUUGGACGGCGGAACCUACGAUUGGCUGGCCCAGCCCUGUAAUCGGUACCGCGGUGUACGUCUGGGGCAAUUUGAGCGUGCUAAUCUCCCUCGUUUCGUACCUCUUCGAUGCUUAUCCACCUGCUGGAACUCUCUCAGCACUUACUGCAGCCGCCAGCUUACGUCUGGUUCUUGCAGGCCUCAUUCCAUUAGUUAUCCUACAAAUGUUUACAGGUUUGACCGGUGCGUGGGCGCUGAGUUUGUUUGGUUUCAUCGCCGCUGCUAUGCUGCCUAUUCCAUUCAUACUCUUCAAAUGGGGCCCGAAACUACGUGCUCGCAGCAUGUAUACUCACCGGCAGUCUACGAUGGACGACCAGCACCAUGAAGCGGAGCAUACAAUGGGCGAGCAGAACCGCAUGAGUGUGUGA